GGGUUCUCUGAGCUUUCUCGCUAUCUUGCUGCAAUGUGUUAGUUCUUUCUGCUUUUGGUGUCUUUUAUUCUGCUAGAUAACGAAAAGAGCGAACAUUACCCCGCUUUCUUUUUUUUUUAGCAGGUGUGGAAAAGCUAAACGUAGUUAGCAAGAGACUGCAAAUACUGGGGACUACUUAACGUAAAUGUAAAACACCAAUCUUAGGCAUACAGCCAGAGCGACAGGUUUAUAUUAAGGGGUUGGUUGAGUACAAAGGCAUGCCACACCUUUCAGAUUUCCUCUUUUUUUCUUUUUUUUUUUUAGAAAUUUUGAAGACUGUCUGUCACUUCACUUCCACUUUAAAACUGCACUAUUUAGUGUUGACCACAAAGCCCCACAAUUUUUUAUUCCUAUGUGACAAAAUGUAGAAAACUUUAGCAAGAUUAUGCUUUUCUGAGGUAAACAAAAGCAUGAUCACCACAAUUAAUCUGGCGUGUGUUAAAAACGUUCGAGAGGAAGGGAGGUUUUAAAAGUAGAUCAAAAGCUUCUCCACAAGGUAUUAGGGGUUGUUGUGUGUCAAAAUCGCCAGCAUACCGAUGACCAAGUCAAGAGGUUUGGCCAGAGGGAGGCGCACUGCCUGUAUUUGAAUACAACAAUUAAGCAAGCGGGUCUAACUCUGAUUAAACACCAGGGAAAGCGGAGAGAGAAACCCAAAGCCAAACGCAGAAAGGUUUAAAAAAAAAAAUAAAAAAAUUCCUGUAGUGCGUUUAUAACUUUACAACCGAGGAGAUAACUUGUGUUGAAACAGCCUGUUUGUUGCGUUUAUAGCGCUGUGUGACAGUAAUUUACAACGUCUGCAUAGUCUUUCUGCAAGGUUCCCCGUUGGACUGGCAGCCACUUCAUCAUCACGGCGUGCGUCUCCUUCUCGGCGCUCUAAACUGAUUAUCGGCUGAAGCGCACACAAGCAGCAGCAGCGGCAGCAGCAGCAGCAACCCGGCUGUGACACCCGUCCGAUCCAGCUACAGACUGUGCUCAGGCUGGGUGGCUGCUGCACUGGCACCAUGGAGCAAAAAUCACCAAAACCCGGUGGCUCCGGCCGGGGCCAGGAGUCCAUGUCCUACCAGCGGAGGAUGUGGAAGAAUUUCCAGGAGAAAACCAAGCCGUGGCUCAGUCCGAAGCUGGGCUCGGAGCGCCGCGGAGCCGGAGGAGGUGGAGGAGCGGAGGGCACCAAGAAGGAGUCCGGCUUGUGGAUGUUCAGGAGGAAAAAGAAACAGCUGGACCGGGUGUUUUCGUCAUCGCAGCCGAACUUAUGCUGCUCCACUCCGGCUCCUUUCGAAAGAGACAAGCUCGCCGCCGGCGGAGGCGACGCGACCUCAGAGAUGAGCUCCGACUGUCAGGCUCUGGGGACAUCUUCUGGGGCCACAGGCAGCAAACCGGAGCUGACGGCCCACGGGAGCCCCAAACUCCCCGUGUCCCAUCUGAUGAUGUGCCAGCAGAAGAGCUCCUCUCUCGGUUCGGCGUGCUUCGAGAAGCUGGUGGUGGAUCCCGCCGCGGAGCUGGGAGGAGAGGAAGAGCAGCUGCGUAAAAACGCGAGUGAUUCUGGAAUCAACAUUGUUGGACCUAGUAAUGCAGAGUCUCAGCCUCAUCUGCCUUGUCCAGCCAUGUACCAAUUGGAUAUUGUCUUGAAGAAAGGGAAAAAUCUCGCCAUUCGUGACCGAACAGGCACCAGCGACCCAUAUGUGAAGUUUAAAAUCGGAGGGAAGGAAGUGUUCAGAAGCAAGACGAUCCACAAAAAUUUAAACCCAGUGUGGGAUGAGAGAGUUAUCCUUUUGGUGGAAACUCUCAGGGAGCCUCUAUAUGUCAAGGUGUUUGACUACGACUUUGGUCUUCAAGAUGAUUUCAUGGGCUCAGCAUAUCUACACCUGGAGUCACUGGAACAUCAAAGGUCGCUGGAUGUGACUCUGGACCUGAAGGACCCACAGUACCCUGAGCAUGACCUGGGUAGCCUGGAGCUCACCGUCACUCUGUCGCCAAAGGAAGGAGACAUAAGGGAUGCUACCAUGCUUUUGAGAAGAAACUGGAAACGAUCUAGUAAGUAUCAGAGUAUGAGGCUCUCGGAUGUGCACAGGAAAGCCCAGCUCUGGCGAGGCAUCGUCAGUGUCAGUCUAAUCGAAGGUCGCAACCUGCAGCCCAUGGACGCCAACGGCUUCAGUGAUCCUUACGUCAAGUUCAGGAUGGGUCAUCAAAAGUACAAGAGCAAGACAAUUCCCAAAACACUAAACCCGCAAUGGAGAGAGCAGUUUGAUUUCCACCUGUACGAAGAGCAGGGAGGCUACGUGGACAUCACAGUCUGGGACAGAGAUGCUGGCAAGAAGGAUGACUUCAUGGGCAGGUGUACUAUCGACCUGUCGCUUCUCAGUAAAGAACACACUCACAAGCUGGACUUGCCGCUGGUGGAAGGCGAAGGCGUUCUGGUGCUGCUGGUCACACUCACCGCAUCGGCCGCGGUUUCAAUCUCAGACCUGUCCGUCAACAUGUUGGAUGAUCCACAUGAAAGGCACCAGAUCAUGCAAAGAUAUAGCCUCUGGAGGUCGCUUCACAACUUGAAAGAUGUCGGCAUGGUGCAAGUGAAGGUCAUCAGAGCUGAGGGACUCAUGGCGGCAGAUGUCACAGGUAAGAGCGAUCCUUUUUGUGUGGUGGAGCUGAGCAAUGAUCGACUGCAGACACACACCGUCUACAAAAAUCUAAACCCAGAGUGGAACAAGGUCUUCACUUUCAACGUCAAGGACAUCCACUCGGUGCUUGAGGUUACCGUUUACGACGAGGACCGGGACAGAAGUGCCGACUUCCUUGGGAAAGUGGCUAUCCCUUUGCUAAAUAUCCAAAAUGGAGAACGCAAAGCCUACGUCUUGAAAAGCAAGGAGCUGACAGGGCCAACAAAAGGGGUCAUCUUUCUCGAAAUAGACGUGAUUUUUAAUGCUGUGAAGGCUGGUCUCAGGACGUUGACUCCCGUCGAACAAAAGUACAUCGAGGAGGAGCCUAAAGUGUCCAAACAGAUGCUUUUGCGCAACUUCAACCGAGUCAGACGCUGCAUCAUGUUCCUGAUCAACACAGGCUGCUACAUCAACAGCUGCUUCGAAUGGGAAUCUCCGCAGAGAAGCAUCUGUGCUUUUGUGAUUUUCACCAUUGUUGUCUGGAACUUUGAGCUUUAUAUGAUUCCUCUGGCUUUGCUUCUGCCGUUGGCCUGGAACUACAUUCUCAUCGCGUCGGGGAGGGAUACGAGGCAAGACGUCCAAGCUGUGGAGGACCUGCUGGAAGAUGAGGAUGAGGAUUUUGACAAAGAUGACAAGGACCCUAAACAAGGCCCCUGGGAGGACAGCCAUGAUAAAAACCAUAUCCUCGAGGAUAUAUUGGCCUCCUGGCACUUUGAGUGGAUACGAGUGAUGGUGGACUCGGAGAGAAAGGGCUUCAUGAACAAGCUUUAUGCCAUUCAGGACGUGUGCAUCAGCGUGCAGAAUGCACUGGAUGAAGUGGCCUCCUACGGCGAGAGGAUAAAGAACACAUUUAACUGGACUGUGCCUUUCUUAAGCUGGUUAGUGAUUGUAGCUCUCGUCGUGGCCACAAUCAUCGUCUACUUCAUUCCACUACGGUUCAUCGUUCUGGCCUGGGGGGUUAACAAGUUCACAAAGAAACUGCGGGACCCUUACACCAUUGACAACAACGAGCUGCUGGACUUUCUGUCCAGAGUGCCCUCGGAUGUACAAGUGGUGCAGUACCAACAGCUGAAACUGGAUCCCAAUCCCAGUCCAAAUAAAAGGAAGAAAAACAACCCCGGGUAGAUCACCGCAUGCGCCCACGGACUCCUCUCUCCUUCGUUUCUUUUCCUGCUGGUUUGAUGCUGGACGCUGAGAAGCAAAGCCUGGGCUGAACCGUCCUUCUAUUUAUAUCCUGCUUCAUUUUGUUAAACAUCAUUUCUCCCUUCAGGAGGCUUUACACUUUCUCUAAAUAUAAUUUUGUAUGAGCAAAGACUUCAAGAAACCUUUAACUCAUUAUUAUUAUUAUUAUUAUUGUUAUUGUUAUUAUUGUUGUAUUGUAUGCAUUAUGUAUUGAGUCCUUUUUUUAUCAGCCAUGUCAGCUGCCGUGUCCUGCCCUCUGGGAGUGUGUGUGUGCUUGCCACAGUAGUCGAACAGGUACAGUUAAAUUAUUUGUAGGUAACUGAUUCAGGCCUUAAACGAUCAUUCUUGACAUUUCUUUAGCUUGUACUAUACAGCUUUGAAACACUUUUGGUAAAAUGUUUCUAUUUUCUAAUUGUUUUUUAUACUAUUGCAUCCUUAUUUUUUAUCUCCUCUUGAAUGUUUUGAUGAUUUUUUUUUAUGUUUUGGCCGGCAGUAAUUUGGGUCGUCGCUGUCUAAAUUAGCGAGCCGAUUUCGUCCGGAGGCUCCAGACAUGCUCCUUUGCAUCUCGGUGAAUUAAAAAUAACAUUAAAACGUCGGCUGGACCGAGAGCCACCGUGCGCAGAUGUAAGCCAGGAUGUGGACCACCCUGUGUGUUAAGCCACUCCAGAACCAGAGACAACGUGAGGCGCAACUCACCUUGAUGAAGGAAUCAAAGGACUGGAUUGUUGCUGAGUGUGGGCUGCAGAUCUCUUCUCAGAUGGGGGCACAUUAGAUGGGUUUUACAUUUUGCAUCGACACCAAGCCUCUUAAGUCUGGUUUUUAUUUCCCAGCAGGACUCGGUAACAGCCUACACUGCCAAACGUACCAACACCUGCUUUAAUAACCACGGUAUCACUGUGCUCAGCCAGUAAAAUUCGCCCGGCCCCUUAGACAAUCUAUGAAGAGACUCCAGAUCCAACAGUUGAAGCUGAAGAGUCACUAUAAAAACUUUUGUUGUUAGUCGUCUAUAAUUUCUUAAACCAAACCAAGAGAUAUCUUACUAUAGGUAACAAUUUGCAAUUCGGUGCCAAAAAUACUGCAAUAAAAUAACAUACGUUUUAAUAACAUAAUACCUAAUUUAUCGAGAUGCAAUCGCGAAAACAAAUCUGGACCAACAGGCUGUGGGUUCCUUUUUUUUUUUUUUUUUUGUCCCUAAACCCAACGAGUAGGAACGAGGUCGAGUAUGAGAUCAUUCGGUGCGUUGGAUCUCGAGAAAGUGUGCGGUUUUAGCCCCGUCAGCGUCGUCAGUCAGUCGGUACGACACCUUCUCAGUGAGGCGGCGCCGCGGACUGGGCCUGCUGCCGCUGUGCUUAUAUAGAUGUCACCUGGUCUAUGCAGAGUGUCAUGGAGCAGGCAGGCAGGCCUUUAGGCAGGCACAGCCCUAAUCUUGUUUGAAAGGCCGGUCUCUUUCCCUCUCAUCUCCCUGUGUGUUUGCCUUGGCGGGCCACACAUGAAAGCGUUUACACGCGAGGCGUGCUUCUGCAGCACGGGCACGCACGCAGACACAAAGAGCCCCAGCCUCUCUUCCUCCCUCUCAGGAGGGGAAGACAGAAAGAACGCAUCUCUGGUAGGAAGUCUUGCACACUGUAACUACUUGCUCGCAGAUAAAACAAAAAAAAAA